CGUGUACGUAGGGGUCCUUUUGACUUCCGGGUGUGUGUAAACAGAUCACGAACAGCGUCGCCUUGCCUGAAAUAUGUCCAAAGUGACGUUUAAAAUCACGUUGACGUCGGAUCCCCGGCUCCCGUUCAAAGUAUUAAGUGUCCCAGACAGCACGCCAUUCACAGCAGUUCUGAAGUUCGCAGCUGAGGAGUUCAAAGUGCCCUCAGCCACCAGCGCCAUCAUCACUAAUGACGGAAUAGGAAUCAACCCUGCACAAACAGCAGGGAACGUGUUCCUCAAACACGGCUCAGAGCUGCGCCUCAUUCCCAGAGACCGAGUGGGAGGACGAGGAGACGGAUGCUGCUGGUCUCCACUGAGGAGACAAUGACUCAGCUCGUGUCCUAUUUGUGUACUCGGACGUAUACAUUAUGUGUGUGGACGUAUGCUAACACGGCAUGCUCCAAGCUGAUCUCGUCUUCACUCAGUAAGUGUAUGUAACUAACAGCCCACACCUGUCUGACAUGUUUUUUUUUUUGGUUUUAAUCUUUGUAAAUGACAAUAAAACUACAGUCUCAUCACAUGCAACACUUUUAAAGCUGUUUACUUUGAAUGCAUAUUGUGAUUAGAAUUGGUCAUGUUUAAGAUUAUGUUAACUCAAAUCAAAGUGCAGGGUAUCCCUAAAGCAGGAGUGUUUUUCCUUCGAGGGCUGCAUACUGAAAAAUCAAAGUAAAAGUAUGCAGGGGCCAAACUAACCCACGUAGAUAUGCAGAGCUGUUUUUGAUAUAUAAAAAAAAAAAUCCUGCAUCUCAGCUUUGGGUUAUCAGUAACAAAGCGUAUUAUUUGUAUUUGUAUUUGCUGUUGGUUCUAUUUUUAGAAUGUGCCUAGGGCCGUAAAUACACGCACUUUGGACACCCUGCCCUAAAGUCUGGUUAUGUAAUAUACACAUAUAACAUAUAUUAUACAAAAGAGCUUUAAUGAUUUGAUUAAUUACUUACAGAUAAAUAAUUAUAGAAAAUUAAAUAACUUAAAAAUAUGUAUAUACAAGUAUAUUAAAAUGAAUAAAAAGGAAAUACUGUAUAUGUAUGUGUGUGUAUAUAUUAGUUACAUAUUAGUUUAUAAUUGUAUAAUGGAUCCAUUUUUGUGUAUAGCCUUUUAGCUCUUUAACAAGUCCGACUGUGUGAUGUCUCACAACUUCAGCAAAGAAAUGUAUAAUAAAAAAUAACAUUGUAAAAUAUUUUACAAAUAAUAUGGUGUUAUUGUAAAUAUAAACAAUUUUAAAAACAGAAAAAACUGUGUGUGUUUAUAAUAGAAAAUACUGUAUAUUCCAACUCUUUAUUGAUUAUUAGUGUGUGGCUUUCUGCUGCCUCCUGCCUGAUGCAUGUUUUGCAGUAAUACGAAUACAUGAGAAGUUAAUUCUUCAAUGGUUUAUUUUUUAAUUCACGAUAACAAAAUUAACAGAAUCAAAUAAUACAAAUAAUUACCUUUAUUAAAUAUAAAUCUGUCCUGCUUAACUUAAAACAGAAUAAAUUCAGUGUCCAGGUGGCAGGGGUCUCCAACUUUCAUCACUGAGCUGUCAAUUAAUUGUGUUUUAUUCAUGACUGGCAACAUUGCGUCGUCUUUAUGCUCUUUUGUGGUCAUUUGUCAUUAUAUAAAGGCAUAAAGUUUGAAUUCAACACUUACUGUACAAUAAAAAACUAUAAGAGUUGAAGCAAAUAUUCUUUGACCCUUUGGUGGUAUAUUAUCACCAUCAUAAGGCUGGACACACUGUGUUUAUGUCCACUAAAAAAAACACACACAAAUAGUGUUUUGAGGACAAGACAUAAUUAGUAUAAUGACAACAAGAGAGUAAAGUUGUUCAGUGACACUUGAAAAAGUUAGUACGUACCCCAUGAACGUGAUAUACACUUGUAGCUUCCCCGUGGGACAAAAACAAGCUCCAAAAUAACCACAUUGUGUGUUCAUUUUAACAAAAAACGUUUAACGUUACUACACAUCUGUCAAUCAGGUUUCAGUGUGAUGGAUUUAAAAUUUGAAUUAUUGCUUUUUUGGUACUUUGAUGGUGAUGAGAUAAAGAAGAUGAAGUGUUCCUAUCCAAUAAUCAUCU